AGGCGUCAUGUGAAAAGGAGGGCACUCGGCUCUCUCGCUCGCUCUCCGGCCGGACCUUCCUCCGCUACGCCCUUUCGUCACCGCCGACUUGCUCGCUCGCUCGCUAUCCAAGCGGGGUUGCUGUUGGCGGUGUCCCUGUCGCUGAAACCUGCGUGCGGCUGAGCGGAGGAUGAGUGAGCAAGGGAAGGGCUCGGCAUCCGCUUCUGCUGCGGCCCCGCCGGCGGCUGCAGCAGCUGCAGCAGGCUCGGAUACUUACAAAGGUUGGCUUUUUAAAUGGACCAACUACCUGAAAGGGUACCAGCGGCGAUGGUUCGUCCUAAGCAAUGGCCUGCUGUCAUAUUACAGGACACAGGCGGAAAUGGCGCACACGUGUCGUGGGACAAUCAAUCUGGCCACCGCUCACAUCGACACAGAGGAUGCCUGCAAUAUUGUCCUGAGCAGCAGUGGCCGCACCUACCACCUGAAAGCUAGUACCGAGGUGGAGCGGCAGCGAUGGAUCACAGCCCUUGAGUUGGCUAAAGCUAAAGCCAUUCGCAUGAUGAAUGACCAGUCUGAUGACUCGGGAGACGAGGAGCCGGCAUCCCAAUCGGACCGCACUGAGAUUCAGGGAACUUUAAAGAUACUCGUCAGCAAGCUUGAUGACCUCAGCACAUGUAAUGACUUGAUUGCCAAGCACGGGGCUGCCUUGCAACGUUCUCUCAGUGAACUCGAGGGCCUGAAAGUUCCUGUGGAGGGAGGUGAGAAGAUCAAAGCAGUCAACGAGAGAGCCACCCUCUUCCGCAUCACUUCCAAUGCUAUGAUCAAUGCUUGUCGAGAUUUCCUGGACCUGGCUGAGACUCACAGUAGGAGGUGGCAGCGGGCACUGCAGUAUGAGCGAGAGCAGCGUACCCACCUGGAAGAGACCAUCGAGCAGCUAGCCAAGCAGCACAACAGUCUGGAGCGAGCGUGGAGAGCGGCACCGACACUUUCAUCCAGCGCACCCAGCGCCCCGGCCGACAAGAAGGGGAGUGAGAGGCCGCUCAAAGGAGAGGCCAGUGAUGAAGAUGAGGACACUGAAUACUUUGAUGCCAUGGAAGAUUCUCCUGCAUUUAUCACAGUGACUGCCACUGACAACACACAGCACAGGCGAUCUCAGAGUAGUUUGAGUGGAGCGAGCGGAGGCAAUUCCUACGAUUGGAACCAGGACGACCAUAUGUCUCCAAGCUAUAACGAUGUGUCAGGGAAAGAGCUGCAGCCGCGCAGACAAAGGCGGACUCGUGUCCCUGACAAGCCUAACUACUCCCUCAAUUUGUGGAGCAUCAUGAAGAACUGCAUUGGCAAGGAGCUCUCCAAAAUUCCCAUGCCCGUGAACUUCAAUGAGCCUCUGUCGAUGCUACAACGUCUCACUGAAGAUUUGGAGUAUCAUGAGCUCCUGGACAAGGCAGCGCGCUGUGACUCCUCGCUGGAGCAGAUGUGUUUGGUUGCCGCCUUCUCCGUGUCUUCUUACUCCACUACGAUACACCGGACAGCCAAACCUUUCAACCCGCUUCUGGGGGAGACCUAUGAGCUUGAUCGCCUCGAGGAGUUUGGCUACCGCUCACUGUGCGAGCAGGUGAGCCAUCACCCCCCUGCAGCUGCACAUCAUGUGAUUUCCCAACGAGGCUGGACCUUGUGGCAGGAAAUUACAAUUGCCAGCAAGUUCCGUGGAAAAUACCUCUCUAUCAUGCCUCUGGGGGCAAUUCAUCUGCAGUUCCACUCUAGCGGCAACCACUACGUGUGGAGAAAAGUCACGUCCACGGUGCACAACAUCAUUGUGGGCAAGCUGUGGAUUGACCAGUCAGGGGACAUUGAAAUCGUGAAUCACAGGACCAAAGAGACCUGUCAACUGAAAUUCUCUCCCUACAGUUAUUUCUCCAGGGAUGUUCCUCGGAAGGUAACAGGUGUGGUGGCUGACUGUGUUGGCCAAGCUCAUUACAUCCUGUCUGGUACGUGGGACGAGAAAAUUGAGAGUGCCAAGAUCAUUCAGAGCAGCCGGGGUGGGAGUGGAUCAGAAGGCAAGCAGAAGACCAUCUACCAGACCUUGCCCCCCAAACUUUUGUGGAAGAAGUAUUCUCCCCCAGAGAAUGCUGAGAACAUGUACUACUUCUCAGCGCUGGCGCUGACCCUGAACGAGCCAGAAGACGGAGUUGGUGUGACCGACAGUCGUCUGAGGCCAGACCAGAGGCUGAUGGAAGAUGGGCGAUGGGACGAAGCCAAUUCAGAGAAACAAAGGUUAGAAGAGAAACAAAGAGCCGUGAGGAGGAGGAGAGAAGCGGAGGCCUCUGAUGCUCUGGAUGAAGGAACGUAA